CAGACGAUUACACCAGCCUCGCUGCACAUGGAAAGACUACACCGAUACAGUUUUGCAUUUUUUUCAUCAAUCAUAAUUACCUCCGCCCUCGUCUCCUUCGCCUUGUGCCUUGCCGCUGAAUUCAAGAAAUCCAAGAAAGAUGAUCUGAGAUUGGAUGGAAAGCUAUGUUAUUUGCCAGAAAGCGCAGCCUUCGAAUUAGGAAUCGCGGCCGUAAUCUCUCUCUGCAUCUCCCAAGUCAUCGGGAUUUUUUUCAUUUGCAGAAAACUCGGGUCAGCUGAGCAGGACAGCGGUUGUAAACUCAGAAAGCCUACAGCUUCAUACAGUUUGCUCAUUUUCUCUUGGAUCAGCUUUGGGAUUGCAGUUAUUUUAAUGAGUGGAGCCACCAGCAUGAGCCGAGGUCAACCCUUUGGGGAGGGGUGGUUAGAUGGCGAAUGCUACUUGGUUAAAGAUGGGAUCUACGUGGGUUCGGCCGUACUGGGCUUGCUGGCUCUGGGCUCGAACCUCGGCUCGGCCGCCAUAACCAUGAUGCCCAGGAAAGCUGAGGAAAACAGGAGGGUACAUGCGCAGGUUGAGAACUGACAGAUAUAGUAUAAUGCAAGAUUGGGAUAUUUUUGUGGUGUUGUAACAGAUGGAAAUGUAUAUAAUUUUGCUAUUAUAUGCAUCGUUAUAAGGAAAUAGCAUUUCUUUGUUCUCCUCGGAAUUAAAUAAUUACAAUGUAGAUUAUAACCAUCACUUUGUAUCAAAAAUUUAAUUGUUGAAAAUUUUCUGCUAAUA